AUGUAUAAAACGAUUUGCGGGCAUUGUGAGAAACACGGUGAGGCCAAUGCAAGUUCUCUUGAGGGCAAAGGUCAUGGUUCCGCAAUGAAAAAUCUGAAGAAUGUUUAUUUUAUAAAGGGAACUACUCACAAAGUUGCUGAAAACUCUCUGACAGCCCACGACCGGUUUCGCCCUUCUUGGGGCUCAUCAGGUAGGAGGCGCAGUCCCCGAGUUUCCGUUAACCUUAUGACCUACUUCAACCCAAAUUGCACUGUUUUCGAGAAAUACACUCAUUUGCAUAUCAGUUUGGUUUUCGCGGAAGACUCAAGUGGAUUUCUCGUUUAUGAUGUUCUUCGACUGAGUGUGGUGCACACAUGCCGCCUCAUGUUUCAGUCUCUACGAUAUUUGAGAUAUCACAAUGCAUUUCCACAGAAGAAGCUACUCACAAGGUUGCUCAUCUUCGAAAGCCCGUUGCUGAAAAUUCGUCGACAGCCCACGAACGGCUUCGCCCUUCUUGGGGCUCAUCAGGAGGCGCAGUCCCCGGGUUUCCGUCAACCUUAUGUUCUACUUGAAACCAAAUUGCACGAAAUUAGCGAAAUACACACAUUUGCAAACAAAUUUGUUGAGUCGUUCGUAAAAACAGUUUGUCUAGUCUUUAAACACAAGAAGACUGAACUCUUCCCCCACAAUAUCUACUUUAUAAUACUGAGACUCACCUGGAACCCAGCUGAAUCUCUCGUUUGUGAUGUUUCCAGGCAACUGAAUGUGCUGCACCAGGCCGCCUCAUGUUUCAGCCGCUACGAUAUUCGAGAUAUCGCGAUACAUGUUGCUGAAAAUCCAUCGACCGGUUUCGCCCUUUUCGGGGCUCGUCAGCGACUGAAACAUGAGGCGGCCUGCUGCAGCACGUUCAUUUGCCUGGAGACAUCACAAACGAGAGACUCAGCUGGGUUCCAGUUGAGUCUCUCGAAAAACCAAAUUAGUUUGCAAAUGAUGCCUGGUGCCGGAAAAAAGGAUUUCACAGAAGGGAACAUAACAGCUGUAUUCCGAACAAGCGAGUGCGAGAGGGUGAGUGCGUACGAGUGCGGUAAUACAACGGUCUCAAGCUAG